AUGGGUAAAAUCAAGAAAUCAACUAAAAAGGUAGAUAUUCAAGCCUUAAAGAAACAAAGAAGAUUCCAAAAAAAAGUAGUUAAAGGAAGACAAGUUUCUGAAAAGUCUAUGGCCAAUUAUAGAGAAGUUGAAAGUGAAGAAGAGGAAGAAUUACAAUUAGAAGAAAAACAACCAAUCCGUAACACAAAAAUCGUAUCAAAUGAACAAGAGGAUGACGAUGAUGAUGAUGAGGGUGAAGAAGAUGAUGAUGAAGAAGAAGAAGAAGAAGAGGAUGAAGAAGUUGAAGUUGAAUUAGAUUCUAAAGAUAAAGAAUUGGCCAAUAAAAAAGAUAAAAAAGAAGUUGGUAAAGACUCUGAAAAAACCAAAUCCUUAAAAGAACAAAUUACACAACAUAAAAAAGAUUUAGAUGAAUUAAAGAAAAAAGAUCCAAAAUUAUUUGAGUUUCUUGGUGAAAAUGAUAAAGAAUUAUUAAGUUUCAAUACAGAAAUGGAUGAUGAUGAUGAUGAAGAAAGUGAUGACGAUGAUGACGCUGAAGAUGCUGAAGGUGAAGGAGAGGGUGAAAAAGAAAAGAAUCAAAAAGAAGUUUUAACAUCAGCACUUUUAGAUUCAUGGAUUUCAGAAGCAAAUAAAAAUACAACAGUUCAAAAUGUUAAGAAAUUAGUAGUUGCAUUUAGAUGUGCAUCACAUGCAGGUAGUGAUUUGAAAGAGGUUGACAAAGUACCAUAUAAAAUUGUAAAUACUGCUGUAUUCAAUAGAACCCUUUUAAUCUGUCUUGAAAAUAUGCCAAAAUUCUUUGAUAAAUUACUCGAUUACGAUAGUGUUAAAAACUCUGAUCAAGAGAUUACAGAUGCAAAUAAUAAAACUGAAUUACCAAGUUCAUCUAAAAAAUGGAAUCUCGUUAAAUCUUGUGUCAGUUCUUAUAUUAGAUCAAUCAUUCAACUCUUAACUCAAGUAUCUGAAUCAAAUUUAUUAUUAAUUAUUCUUAAAGGUUUAGAAAAAGUUAUUUGUUAUUCUUCAUGUUUUACAAAAUAUUCAAAAAUGUUAUUGAAACAUUUAUUAAACAAUUGGUCAUCAGCAGAAGAAAGUGUUCGUAUUAUUGCAUUCCUUUGUAUUAGAAAACAAGCAAUUUUAUGUCCAUUCCCAUUUAUUGAUGGUUGUUUGAAAGGAAUUUAUUUGAAUUUUGUUAGAAAUAGUAAAUUUGUUAGUACAACAUCAUUACCAUUAAUUAAUUUCAUGUGUAAUUGUGUUAUUGAAAUCUAUGGUUUAGAUUUCGCAAGUUCAUAUCGUAGUGCAUUUGUUUAUGUUCGUCAAUUAGCAGUACAUCUUAGAAAUUCAUUAAAUACCAACACUAAAGAAUCUUUCCAAAAUAUUUACAAUUGGCAAUUUAUAAAUAGUGUCCGUGCAUGGGUUGAAGUUUUAUCAGCAUAUCCAGGCCAAGAACAAAUUUCACAAUUGUUAUACCCAAUAACUCAAAUUGUAAUUGGUAUGAUUAAUUUAAUUCCAUCAAGUAAAUUCCUUCCAUUACGUUUCCAUUGUAUUCGUUUCCUUAAUCGUUUAGCUGAAACAAAUGGUUCAUUCAUCAAUUGUACACCUUAUUUAUUGGAUGUUUUAGAAUACUCUGAAAUGAAACAAAAAUCAGGUAAAAAUGGUGGUGGUAGUGGUAGUGGUGGUGGUGCCGCUGCCUCUGAUAAAGGUUCAGUAAGUGCAUCAAAUUCAAAGAAGAGUAAAUUAAUUAAUUUCUAUACAACUCUUUCUGUCACUGGUCAACAAUUAAAUAGUAAAGAAUUCCAAGAUGGUAUGUUAUCUCAAUUCACAGAGUUAUUAGUUGAGAAUUUAACAUGUUUCAAUUAUCAUAUUGGUUUCCCUGAAUUAACUACCCCAGUAAUUCUCCAUUUGAAAAAAGCACUUAAAAGUAAACAAUAUAGACCAAAGGUUUUAUCAGAUAUUCAAGAGAUUUUAGAAGCAAUUGAAAAAACUUCAAAAUUAGUUAAACAACAAAGAGAUCAAGUUUCUUUCUCUCCAAAAGAAACUAAACAAAUUCAAGCUUUCUCUGAUGCUCUCAAAGAGAAAUACAAAAUCACUCCAUUAAAACAAUUAUUAUUAACACUUAAAAAGAAAAGUAAACAACUUCAACAAACUCUUAUUGAAUCAACUAAAACUUAUAAUUAUGAAGAUGAUGAUGAAGAUGAUGAAGAUGAUGAAGAUGAUGAAGAAAAUUAUGAUGAUGAUGAAGAAGAAGAUGAUGAAGAUGAAGAAGACUUAUACCAUGAAGAUGAAGAACAAGAAAAACAACCAACUAAAAAAUCAAAAACAAUUACUAAAUUACCAAAGAAACCAAAAUUCAAAGUUGAACGUGAAGGUAAUGAUGAUGAUAUGGUUGAAGAUUUAGUUUUAUCAGAUGAUGAAUAA